GGGAAGUUCUUCAGACGCAACUCUUUCAAAAGUUGAGAGAGAAGCAGGAACAGCUGAUCUGAACGCUCUCUGCCAUGGGUUCCUUAUUGCCCUAUUUAGUCCAUCUGUUUCUCUUUGCGUCAAACGUUUGCGGUUCCAACAUAUGCACAUCUCGUGGAGUCACCACUUGUCGAGAAUGUCUUGUUGUUCAUCCUAGCUGUGCAUGGUGCUCUGAUGAGGUGUUUGGGAAGGGAAGAUCCAGUUUAUCUCGCUGUGACUUCAAAGAAAACCUAGUUAAAGAAGGAUGCAGCAGUGCAGCUAUAGAGUUUCCCACCAGCAAGUUGGAAAUUCAGCAGAACAAUCCUCUCAGUGACAAGGCUUCGUCUGCAGCUGAUGUAACUCAAAUCAGGCCUCAGAAACUCAACCUGGCAUUAAGGAUAGGUGACACCAAGCGUUUCACAGUGAGUGUGAAACAGGUGGAGGAUUACCCCGUGGACCUCUACUACUUGAUGGAUCUCUCAUAUUCAAUGAAAGAUGAUCUUUUAAAGUUGCAAACCCUGGGCAACAAGCUUGCUGAAACAAUGGGCAAAACGACUAGUAAACUGCGCAUGGGAUUUGGAGCAUUUGUGGACAAGACCACUUACCCUUACCUAAUUACCUACCCUAACGGGUCAAUUCAAAAUCCUUGUAUUGGAAUUAACGACCAAUGCCAGGCUCAGUUUGGUUUCAAGAACGUGUUGUCGCUGACAGAGAAGGUGUCUCGCUUCACUGAGGAGGUGCAGAAACAGAAUGUGUCUAGAAAUAGGGACGGUCCGGAGGGGGGAUUUGAGGCUAUUAUGCAAGCAAUGGUGUGCAAGGACAAGAUCGGAUGGCGUCCAGAUGCCUCACAUCUUCUGGUGUUGACCACUGACGCCAAAACUCACCUGGCCCUGGACGGACGCAUAGCUGGCAUCGUUCAGCCCAAUGACGGAGAGUGUCACCUCGACGAUAACAAUAAUUUCAACAAAUCCACUGUGCUGGACUAUCCCUCCUUGGGCCUAAUAACAGACAAGAUGUCUGAAAACAACAUCAAUUUAAUUUUUGCUGUGACCAGUUAUGUUGUACCCCUUUACCAGGAAUACAGUCAGCUGAUUCCAGGCACGACUGUGGGAACACUAUCGUAUGACUCUGGGAAUGUCAUUCAGCUGAUUAAAGAGGCCUAUGAGAAAAUUCGCUCUAAAGUGGAGCUGGAGCUUUUGGGAGUCCCAGAGGAGUUGAAUCUCUCAUUUAAUGCUUCUUGUGUCAAUGGAGAGGUGAUUCGUGGUCUUAAGUCCUGCUCUGGUUUGAAGAUCGGGGACACAGUGUCUUUCACUGUGGAUGCUCUGCUCCGUAGCUGCCCCAAAGAGAAAAGCCGCACUUUUACCAUCAAACCUCUGGGCUUCAAGGAUUCGCUGGAGGUGACAGUAGACUUUGCUUGUGGCUGUGACUGUGAGGCCAAGGUAGUACCCAACAGUCCAGUGUGCAGCAAUGGCAACGGGACCUAUGAGUGUGGAGUUUGCAAGUGUCACCGGGGCCGACUGGGUUCGCUCUGCGAGUGCUCGCAGGAGGAAUAUCGUCCGUCCGAUGAUGCCAACUGCCUCCCAAAUUCUAACAGCUCGGUAUGCAAUGGAAGAGGAGACUGCUUAUGUGGACAGUGCUCCUGUCAUUCAACUGGGUUUGGUCAGGUCUGGGGAAAGUACUGUGAAUGUGACGAUUUCAACUGCUUGCACUUCAAAGGAGCUCUUUGCUCUGAUCACGGGAAGUGUAACUGUGGGUUCUGCCAGUGCGACGCUGGCUGGAAAGGAGACAACUGUAACUGCACCACCCGCACGGACACCUGCGUGUCCAGCUCAGGGCUGCUAUGCAGCGGCCGUGGUAACUGUGAGUGUGGGGUUUGUCAGUGCACUCAACCCGGUGCCUUUGGAGAUACGUGUGACAGGUGCCCCACCUGCCCUGAUGCCUGCACGAUAAAGACGAAGUGUGUUGAGUGUCAGCACUUCAAAAGAGGACAGUACAUCAAUGACAACAGCUGCAACAGAAUCUGCAAAAAUGAAAUUCAAAUUGUGGACCAGUUGAGUAAGAAAAUGGAUGGGAAUGUGGAAUUCCAACAACACACUGCGGUGAACUGCUCUUACAAAGACGAGAACGACUGCGUUGUGCACUUCCAGUAUUAUGAAGACAAAACUGGCAAAUCUAUCUUGUAUGUGGUGAAAGAGCCAGUGUGUCCUGAGGGUCCUGACAUUCUGGUGGUGCUCUUGGCGGUGGCUGGAGCCAUUCUGCUCUUGGGUCUUGUUGGUUUGCUCAUCUGGAAGCUGCUGGUUACCAUCCAUGAUCGCAAAGAGUAUGCCAAGUUUGAGGAGGAGAGAUCCAAAGCCAAAUGGGAUACGGGUAACAAUCCUUUGUACAAAGGAGCCACCUCCACUUUCACCAAUGUAGCGUACAGAGGAAACUAGCAUCUGGAUCCACCAAGGAAAUAAUUCAGGGGUUGACGACACUGAUGGAAUGGGAGAAAGAUCUUUUACACUGUCAUUAGACCGGCUAUGUAUUGUCAACAGUUCAGUAUGAUAAUUUUACACAAUGUAAAACAUUACAAACUAUUAAUAUGAGUCACAAGCUGUUUGCUCUAAGGCUUUUUGGUUUUUAAGAGGGUGAGUUUUAAGCAUAUUUUACAUAAAUUAUGUUAAACUCAAGUUUUCAGGUUACACUUAAGUGAACUGCUGUUUUAAUUUUCCAAUAUGUGUGUUUAUUUUUAGGAAGGUGUUUUCAUCUCUGCUGUAGUUGUUGGGAGUUUUUUUAUACUUCUAUUGUGAAAAUUGUUGUUGGCAAAUUUAAUGUAAAAUUGCUAUAUUUAAAUGUUAAACCUUGUUUCUGUUGCACUUACGUAUUAGGAUUGUAAUGAUGCCCGGGCUAUGGAUUGUAUUAUAAAUAUAAACCAGUAGUGGUGUAUCAUGCAUGCAUGAAUAGUUUUUUACUUUUUAUGUUUUGCGUUUGCACAAAUGCGUUGCUCAACGCAUUAUAAAUUUAUACUGUAUUUAGUAUUUGGGCGUUUUUCAUUUUUUAAAGUUUAUAUUUAAAGAGCCUUUGGGUAAUUUAAAUGGGACAUAGUGCUACAAACUCUGAUGCAUUUUGGUUUUAUGUCUGUCUUUUGCACAACUGAAACUGCUUUCUCACUGAUGCUUCUUCACUGUUGUUUGACAAGUUUUUAUGUUACAUUUGGGAAACUCAUAGCAUUUUGUGACUCGUAAGAUGUUCUUUCUAAAAUUUAAGAGAGAUUUUUUUAAAGAUCAAACAUUAGAUAAUCUUUAAGACUCAUACUUGUCCUCCACAAUGUCUUAGAAUAGAAAUAGUCAGAUUAUCUUUGUUUACUUAGUAUCAAUAAAUGUUUUUGGGGAAUUCUGAAAAUGGAUUCUUCUUUAUUCAUUCACUUUA